GAAAUCACUUUUCAAUUCACCAAAAACAGCAGAGAGUAACCCAAAGAGCAGGAAGACGAAAACUACGUAGAAGAAGACGCCUGAUUUGGAUCACCGGAGGAAAACGCCGAGGACUUUUUUCCGGUUAUAAAUACACGGGUAAUUUUCAGUGGCCACACUGUGCAUUCAGAAUAAUUUGCAUCUUGCAUGCACCCUUCAUUUGGAGUCGAUUCCAACCAUCUCCUGCACCAAAAGUACCAGAGGGACCCUUUUCACAUUUGGACCUGGAGACGAUGCCAUUACAAUGAUCACAUAUUGAUCAUAUUGCCAUUCGUGGGUAGAUCAUUCAUGGUUAGCUUUCCAUCCUUGCGAUGAAAACAGUUGGUGUACAGCUGCCACAGGUUGAUUUCUGAGCUACUUCCUCCCUUGCCCAAUCCACCCGAAUCUUCUCAAUAGUACUUCAACAGAAAAACUCAGUUACAUAGUUGUAUCUCCCAGGUUGCUGCAAUGUAUCGCCACAAGUCCCAGUCACAAGGCCCACAGUCUUUCGGCAACGUGUCCAGGACUGAUCAUCAUCAACCUCCAAAUCGGCGACAUAAUUCCCCUGGUUCAAACCCUGGCUUUCGAUUUCCUCGCCCCACCCAACUUCCUGAUGAGCUGGAGUCGGCUCUGGCUAUUCGUGGUGCAAGGGACAUGGACCAUCACCUCACUGACCACACAAAUCGGCCAAAUCAACAACAGAACCGAGGCACAGUGUCUGUCGUCGGUCAACAUGGAUGCUACAAUACUAAUGCUGGAACACUGACCAGUGAGAAUCAAUCUAGCCAUCUUAAUAGGGGGGACUGGUCAGACUUCCAACCGCCAUCUAAAUUGUUUGCCAGCCCUGCAUCUGAUGGCACCUAUCACUCUCAGCAACUCCAAGGGCUUCAACAGCAGCCGCAAAGCAACCAAACUGGAUCAGCCCUUCCAAGCUGGGUCUCAAGCCGCUCGUCCUCUUCGCAAGCUCAAAAACCCCAUUGUGGAGUUGUGGAUAGUCAGGGUUUGUACACACCUGAAAGUGCAGGAAGUAUCUUGGCGAGCUUUGGACUAUCAAAUGCUGACCUCGAAGUUCUGAGUCAUUACCCAGAUGAUCAGCUCACCCCAGAUACACUCCCUUUUAUUCUCCGUGACAUACAAAUCAACAAGUCGGACAACCAAAGUACAGUAACACGGAGCAUUCAUGGCAAGAUCCUUCCUUCUCCAAACACUUCCAAACUGACUGAUACUUGUUUUUCCGAAGUGCCCAGUCUUCUGAUGGUUACAAAGACAGCAGGUAAAGUUAUUGACUAUGGCCAUGCCAGUCGUGCAAAGGAAAGUACUAUCAAAGAGACUUUCAAAAGGGAAAAACUUUCAAAUGAACGGGUGGUUCAGAUGUACUCAUCUACAUCAACUCCAAGAGUAGAAAAGGUAGAAAAACGUCAAAUACGUUUGGUACACUUGGAAUCAAGCAAGCAUGGAGAUCGGGACUAUCGCAGGACAAGUGGAGACCAUCACAAGAGCAGUCUUUCACGGAAUACUGAAGGUCCACCAUCUAAAUCUCGUGUUGUUGACAAAGACUACAGGCACAAUGGAUCCAAGCAAAGUCUCUCAUCUGAAUCCAAGAGGGAGGUGUACUCGAGGAGGUCGCUUUCGUCUUCCUCUGGCACAAGUGGACACAAUAUCAGCAAGAAGUUCCCUGAUUCCAGCCUUAUAAGUGAUUUCUCUGGCACAAGUCCAAAAGUGUUUCCUCAUUCCUGCUCCGUGUGCCACAUUCACUGUGAUCAUAAAAAGGACUGGGUUGACCAUAUCAAUACUGUUAACCACACAGCAGCCUGCAGGGACCUGCGUAACAAGUAUCCUGAUUGGAAGCCAGGCCAAAGCAAAAGCAGAGUGCAUGAGAGACCUCAUUCUCCCCGUGAUGAUCACCAACACCAUGGCACAGGAGAAUCAUCUCACAACAGUGGUUUAAAACGCCCUUACAAUGAUCCAAAUAACUCUGGUAGCAGCACGUUCUCUGAGGCAGAUCAAAGCUAUAAACAUGGACCAUCUCAUUCCUCCAAUCAAACUGUCAAAAAGUUAAAGCCUGGGACCAAAACCGCUAAGACUGCAAGUACCAAGGCUGCUAUACAAGCAUCUGUCUGCAUGGUUAAGGCUGAAGAUGCACAGGCUUUGGCAAACCAAACAGACCUCACCAUUGGAGAGCAGCUAAUUACAGGUUCAAUUGCCAAGGAACCAGAGCCAGGGCAGUAUUCUGGCUACAGUAACAGAAAACAUACCGCAAGUCCAGACAAGGGUGCUGAAACUAAAGGCCCUGACCUUCCGACUGAAGUGAGUAAGGUUGACAUGAGCACUUCUACAAAGGGCUUGGUGUUGAUCACAGGACCACCUGAUGGUUACUGGUCAGAGAGUGAUGUUAACAAGCUCAUCCAGCCUUUUGGAAAUUCCACUGACAUUAUCUUCGCUACAUCAGUUGGAAAGGCUCUGGUGUCUGUGCAAGACAUGAAGACUGCUGAAGAGGUGGUCAAAGUUCACACCUCCAUUCCGGCAAAGAUCAAAGAUUGUGAACUGAAGAUGAUUGCGAUCGAGCAGCAUAUUGGCACUAACACACCAGUGGCACUAUACAAUCUACUGAUGCAGUCGCUUGACCCAUUGGAGAGUUCAACUCCAGUUAGCUGGAACAGACUAUUGGUGAUCAAUAAUGUUCCUGAUACCCCCACUGGUUCCUGUGAAGUUAAGCAACUGGUUCAGCGUUUUGGGACAGUGGUCAAUACUCUGGAGCUUAAAAGUAUGGUCAUUUGUGAAAUGGCAACUGGAGCUAUGGCCCUCGCUGUCUACAAACGCUUCCAGAGGUUUCCAUGCAUUAUACAAAACAACCCUCUAUUUUUUUCCCGCAAGCCUGACCCCAAAGCACAGGCUCAAGUAUUACCUUCAACCUUACAAUCAUCUAAGGAUAUUCUUGCAAAUGAAGGAUGCAGUAAAGGUGCAGCCAACGAAGAUGAGAUAGCACAUGAUGAAAAUAUUUCUGUGGAAAUGGAAAAAGGGCAAGAGAUAAAGGGCUCUCAAAAAGUGGUAAAUUCAGAAGAAGUGGUGGGAGAAAAUGGAAGCUGUUCCACUCAAGAGCCAAAGAAUGUGCUGUCCGAAUGUGCACGUGAAGCACACAAAACGACUGACAAAGAGAAUGUGGUCACUAUUGAAGAUGUCUUGAACGCUGACAAGAAGGAUGCAUCAUCUGAGGAGACUAUUGUGCAGACAACUGUAAAUGCAGCUGAGUUUGACAAGAUUAAGACCCAUCCUGGUCAAAAUACUUCUACAGAAGUGACCAUUUCAGAGUUUUCCAAGGAUUCUCCAGAGAUGCAUGCUGAAGCAAGAAUUGACCAUCUAAAUAAAAUGGCAGGUUCACCAAAUAAAAAUGGAGUUCACCUGACAACAGAAGGGGGAAAUGUGUCAAAUCAAACAAAAGAGACGGAUGGAGAAAAAGUAGUUGAUGAAACAAAAGGGACAGAAAGGAACCAUGCAGAGGGUGCCUUAAAGACUCAGCGAGAGAGAAAUGAAAAAGAGGUAAGAAAGGAGGAGACAAAAGACAGAGAGCAAAAUGUAAGGGUGAGGCCCUCGGAAAAAUUACAAAGGAUCAAGUGGUAUAGGAAGCAGGAGGAAAUAACCGAAAGAGAGAGGAGAGAAAUGGAGGACGAGGAGGAGCAUGAGGGUUUUUCAGGACUUAGAUCAUCUUGCAGUUUUGAGACUGAUAAAACCAAAUCCUACAUGGUUGAACAAAGAAUCUCAAACAAAUCUGAUGCUAUACUGCCUAAAAUGGAUGAAAGUGAAGAUUUCGAUUCCUUCCCAUUGAGCAUGAGUGACUUUGUCACUGUGGAUGAAGUUGGGGAUGUGACUGACUUAAACGACUUGCUCCAUUCCUCUUCACCUGCUGAUCCAGAGAAAAAUAUAGAGGAAAAGCACUCACUGACACAUGUCCCACAGGUUGCUCAUGAGGUCGUACCUGUGGAAGUAACCAAUGGGAUGACUAUUCAACCAAUGAAGUCUGAUGAUCCCAUAACUGAUUUUCAGCAUCAUCCUGUGAAAUCUGAGGAUGUCCGAACAGAUUUUGGGCGUCAGCCUACAAUUUCAGUUGGGACUUCCAAUAGUUUAUCAUCAGAUGCAGUCCCACCCACUCAAACUCACCAAGAGUUUUCUCUUGUCAACAAAAAAUUAGUGCCCACUUGUCAACCAGAAGAACAUGAGAAGGAAACUAGACCCGCUGUUCCCGUGGAAUCUGUAAGCAAUUUUGUGUCUCUUGUGACACCUGUCUCAGUAACUACAGCAGUUAUUGAUGACUCCACAUCAGAUACAACUAUUGAGGUGGGAAGGAGCUCAGUAAAUAAUGCAGAAGAAAAGCAAGCUGAAACAACAAAACUGAUUGACAGCCCUGAAAAUGAUGAACAGACCAUAAUGUUGGAAAAAGUACAGCAAAUGCAAACAGAGGACACACAGACAAGCCUUCCUUCUGAUGAGCCAGGAAGUUCAGCUGACAUCCCAACAACCGAUGAGAAGUGUGUAGAUGAGGCAUUAACUAAAGAAAUGGCCACAGAGAAUACCCUCCAUUUUGACCCCACCAUACCAGUUGGCAUGGAAUUCCUGGUGCCAAAAACAGGCUUUUUCUGCAAAGUUUGUAACCGUUUUUUCAGUGGAAAUGAAGACACUCAGAUCACCCACUGCAAAAGCCUCAAACACUUUGAGAACCUGCAGAAAUACUUGGAGACCAGAAAACUGAUGAAUGUGACUGUCAAACCAAACGAGAGUCAAUAGUUAUAUUUGACUGUUCUUGAAUAACUAUUGCCUGUUCUGUAAUUUGAAUUCCCCUUUUUUGUCCUUGUGAAGUAAAUACAUUACAAAAGUCUUACCCCAGUCUACAGUGUUGGUAGAUGUUUAUUAUGUUUUUUUCUUUUUUAACUCAACAGGUCACAGUUCACGACAUCGUUUAACUUUUAGGGGAUCAUCCCAUUCCUAAAAGAGAACGGAAUUAUUUUUGAAUUGCUACUAGAACAAAAUGACUGAGGGAACUAAAACAUCAGGCCUUUGUCGUAUCACUAUCAGCUACUUUCAGGAAAUAUUUGUUCUAUGUCUCCCAAAAGAUUUUUUUGUUCAUUUUUAUUUCUCACUCUUUACUCCUUUGUCAUAGAUAUGAUCUAGCAAUGAAAGAAAAUAAUUACUGAAACUGAAUUCAAAGAUAACACGCCAGCAUGUUUUGUUUCCCAAGGUUUCUACUGUAGUAAAAGUCUAGUGAAUUAUAGUUUAUUGUUUAAGUGGAUAUUCUUUUGCUAGUUUAAAUUUAUUGGGACUGUCUUGGCUAGGUUGAAAUACUGUAUGUACUCAUUUCCAAUCAAGGAACGAGGUAAACUUGUACAGUUAAGAGGGCUGCAAGAAAAAAACAUUUUUCUAAACUGUUUUGGAGGUCAGCUUUUUCAACAUAUUGCAUUUGUGUAUCUAGUGCUCUCAUCUACUGUCUGCAUUAAAGACCUUUGUAUGGCUGU